CUCGCCGAGCGGUUCUGGAUAUCGAUUGGAUAAAUGCGGUACGACGUGCUGGUGGUGCUGCUGAGAAGUUUCUCGCCAUGACGCUGCUUGGGCGGGCACAGAUCCGGUGAAAACCAUCGCGAAAGGGACUAAAGGGAGAGAAGAAACAGACCUCUACUAGGUCAACUUUUUGACUUAUGGACAUUUAAAAAAAAAAACCCUCUGUAGCCCCCUCACCUGUCAACUGGGCGUCGCACUAAAACAGCCAUAAACCACCGCCAUCAUCAUCAUCGCCGUCGACGCUCUAUCAUCCGCCUCGCAUCUCGCGUAUAUAAAAGCGACGGACGCGUCGGGACGCUACUGUAAACUGUUGCCCGCCCUACAGUCCGGUGUGACCCCCUAAAACAAAAAAAAAAAAAAAGAUUUAAAAAGGAAAAAAAACAAUUGAAAUGUGUCAAAAAACUUUCAAAAUGGGAGCGACCGCGGGCCGAACCCUGGUGGUGCUGCUGGCCCUUUUUAUCUUUGCAGAGGGUGCCGCAGGGCGUAACGAAAUUAAAAAAUCUCGCGGUUCUUGCCUGAGUUACGGCCACGCCUGCUGGGGAGCACACGGUAAACGGGGCUCCGUCGCCCCGUCUAACAACGACGAGGCCGACGACGACUCGGGGGUUCCCCGGUGGUUUCUUUCCAGGUUGACGACGGGUCCCCUGAUGACGGACUCCCGGUUAUCCCGGAUUCCCGACACCGAAGAGGCAAACGAUUUCGUUAAGAAAGGAUCGGAGUGGGAACAACAACUGAGGGAGUAUUUGAGGAACGUCAAUAGACCGUCCUCGGGUGAGUUACAACCCGAGGGACCCUCUCCCAGAUUUUUAGAGAAGAGAUCAACCCGCUAAAGACAAACAAGGACGGAAAACGUUUUUUAUUAUAUACAGGCUGGGAUAAAGGACGUUUUCUUUUUCUAACUCGAUGUAUCUAUAUGUUAUUAAUUAUAUGGCUAAAUAAACGUUAUUAAGGCUCCUUUUCUAUA